UCAUUUAUAGACAAAAAGACAUAGAGCUUCCUAUCUUUUCACUUAAACUAAAUGUGCAAACUUAAUUCAAGGUGAGUCUGGGAAGAAGCAUGAUUAUAUCAUCAUAUAAUCAUACUACAUCGGCAGUUCUAAAAUUAUGGUUUGACAUUGUUGUACAUCUUACAGUUCUUCUGUCAUAAUUCACGUCGUGAAUAAGCCGCUCCACGUGAUUAUAUGUGCCACCUUCUAGUUACUUUGUUUUCUGUUUUCCCCCUCAAAUAUGCAAACUCCUUAAUUUUUUUUUUUUUUAAAGGAAGGAUUCAUGGACCCUUGGGAUUGGCCAUUAAUUUUAGGCCAUUGUAUGAAUCUUAGCUACUUAAAAAUAGUCAUGGAGCCAACCUUGCUUCCUCUCAGGGUUUAUCAGUUGGAAGCAUCUUCUUUUUAUCCGAUGUGUAAGCAAAGACCUCUCUGGAUUGAUGAUUUGAUCUGUAUAAUGGAAAAUCUAGGCAGGAUAUCCUUUCUCUGUUAUUCCUUGGUGUGAUGGCAUCAGGUUGUGUCUUAAAACAGGGGAAGGGAAAAGGAGGAUCCUAUUAACAGACGAAGUGGUUUCAAGGGACUCUUAAAAUGCAGCUUUGCAGAGAACCUCAUGUUUGAACUCUCCAUGUUGAACAGUUUGUGUUUCAAGCUGCCAUUCUAACGUGCCGGUGGUGGCUUCAGCUGAAAUGCUCGGAAACUUGCACAUGUGCGAUAUUGAGGUCGUUGUGGAUACCAUAGUGAAAUCCAUAUCACGAGGGACUUGUCUGUAGUUACUUUGAGCACUUGCAGACCUUAAUGAAAUACGGCAUUGAUGGUCUAGACCCAGCCUUACACUGGAGAAAUGCAAUGCCUGAGCUUCUGCUGCAAGUAAAAGAAUAUUUCUAGUGUAAUUCCAUGAUUAAAAUGCAUCUAAAACCAAGCAGUGCUUAAUGUGCAAUAGAGGUGCAGUGAAUGGCUGAUAAAGUGUGUGCAUAGGGUAGCAAAUAUACUCAAAAUUAUGUUGGAACAUUAUUACAACCUUGCAUUUCAGCAUACUUGUAACUAUCCUACUGCAGUACUCCUAGCCUGAUAUUUCGCUCGAUGAUUACAAGGCAGAGGAUGUUAUCAACUUUUGUGAUUGUGGAAGAACCUUUGAUUUAUUUGCCUUGUGUUCAGGACAAGUCUGUAAAAAUGACACUGACUCGUAUCCCCCCUGUUCUCUUCUCUAGAAAAUACAGUGUAGCUCUUAUACAAGAGGUGAGUCCGAGUCAGUUCAUUCUGCUUUUAUCACUGUGAGCCGUAUGUGGUGUGGGGUAACCGCAAAGGAGGAACCUGAGGGCUUUGGGGAGGGAUGACAGAGACAGGAUGCGAUUGUGGCUUUGCAAAAUAAUAAUCAGCUCGUACUUGGGAUGCACCCCAAAAAAACCCAUUGAAACUAAUGAAAAUAAAUGCCUAUCUGGACUUUGGAAUCCGUAACCCUCAAGUGUUCAUGGCAAGAUGUUAUUACAAUUUAAAGCACAGGAAUUUUUCACUGUUAAUGAAGAUAUCUAUGGGGUUAUUGCUUGGGCUGGUACAUGAGGACAGAAUAAAGAUCCCUCUUUCUACACCACAAAGUGCACCCUGGCUAUUUAGAAUUAGCAAAGGUUGUUUUCAUAUUAGCAGGUUGUUCUGUGACUUUCCAUCACCACAUUUGUUUAUAGCUUUAACUGCAGUGUUUAAAUUAACUGCUGGUUUCAUUUCUUAUCAGAAUGUCAUAUCAUUCUGUGGGAUACAUACUGAUUAUUGAUUUAAAAGCUCAGGUGAUAAAAAUAUUUGGGGAAAAAAAGAUAAUGCUGUAAGGAACUUCUGCUGUUGUUUACACUGUUGGAAAAUUAAGUUCAUUGUAUAUAAUAGCCUGGUGACUGACUUAAAUGCAGAUUCUCAGUUUAUGCAAGAAUUUGUACCUCUGCGCUCUUAAUAGCGUGUUUCGCAGUUCAGUCUCGUUGAUUUAAUAUCUAUCUAAGAAAUGUUUUGAGUCGGUGUUGAUAACAUGCUUUUUAAGCCACUGUUGAAAAACCAAAGCAAGGGAAGUUUUUCAAAUCUUAAGCCCACCCCUCAUGUAUUAAAUCAUUCGAAAUCUUACAAUUGCUGUUAUUUUCAGUCCAUUGUGUCUGCUUCCUGUUGGUCAAAGGUUACGAGGAUAGGGUGGUGUAGAGUGAGGUGGGAAGUUGGCAGGAAAAAGAAAGCUUUGCUUAUUUUGGGGUAGACACAACUACAGAAAUGGCCAGGACAUUGCUUAAAUUUUCUGGAGACUUGACGAGGCGUGGAAGAGGAGAUGGUUUGUGCUUCGCAGCGGCCGUUUGACGGGGGAUCCAGAUGUAUUGGAAUACUACAAAAAUGACCAUGCCAAGAAACCAAUCCGUAUUAUUGACUUAAAUUUGUGUCAACAAGUGGAUGCUGGAUUAACGUUCAACAAAAAAGAGUUUGAAAACAGCUAUAUUUUUGAUAUCAACACUAUAGACAGAGUUUUCUAUUUGGUAGCAGACAGCGAGGAGGAGAUGAAUAAGUGGGUUCGAUGUAUCUGUGAUAUCUGUGGGUUCAACCCUACAGAUGAGGAUGCUGUGAAGCCACCAGUCAGUUCUUUACAACCAUCUGCCGAGUUACCCUUGCCCAUCAACACUUCACCACCUUCCAUGCAAGCAGAGUCUUCCCUACCUCCUCCUUAUCAGCUUAUUAACAUCCCCCCACUGGAGUCUUCCUCUGGUCAAGAAGAUCCUCAAGACUACCUAUUGCUAAUAAACUGUCAGAGUAAAAAACCUGAACCUACGAGCCAAGGGUCAGCCUUUCUCUCGGAAGAAGGGCAGGAAUACCUGCUAUUAGAAGAUUUUGAAAGUAAAAAGAUUCCACUGCAAUCUCACGCUGACGCCGCAAAAUCGAGCUGUUCUGAAACAGACUGCAAUGAUAACGUGCCCUCCCACAAAAAUCCCGCUCCGUCAGCGAGCAAGCAUGCUGUGAAUGGCUUUUUUCAGCAGCAGGGUGUCUAUGACUCUCCACCUUCUCGUACCGGACUGACGCUGACAGACUGUGGCCUUUAUAACCUGCCCAGGAGUUACUCCCAGGAUGUUUUACCGAAGGCGGCAUCUCCGUCUGGGACUGACGCAGAAGGAGAACAACACGUUUUCAAUACCCCAUCAGCAACAUCUUCGUUAGAUGCGCAGAUGAGACACAUCUCCAUUAGCUAUGACAUUCCCCCCACACCUGGAGGUACUUACCAGAUUCCACGAACUUUUCCAGAGGGAACGUUGUCUCAGACUUCAAAACUGGAGACUAUUCCAGAUAUUCCUCCACCUCGCCCGCCAAAACCUCACCACGCCACAGAUCGCUCUCCUGUGGAAACAUGUAGCAUUAGUCGCACUGCUUCAGAUACUGAUAGUAGUUACUGCAUCCCUACGGCAGGAAUGCCGCCCUCCCGCAGUAAUACCAUUUCAACUGUAGAUCUGAACAUCUUUCGGAAAGAAAUUAGUUCUCAAGACUGUUAUGAUAUUCCACGAACGUUUCCGAAUGACAGAUCUAAUUCAUUGGAGGGCUUCCAUAACCACUUUAAAAACAGAAGCAUGUUGACAGUGGCAAGUGUUUCAAGUGAAGAUCUAGAUGAAAAUUAUGUCCCAAUGAAUCCCAACUCUCCUCCACGACAGCAUUCCAGCAGCUUCACUGAACCCAUCCAGGAAACGAACUAUGUACCAAUGACACCAGGCACCUUUGAUUUUCCGUUGUUUGGAAAGCAAGUCCCUCCUCCCGCUCACAUGGGUUUCAGGUCCAGCCCAAAGACCCCUCCCAGACGGUCAGUACCUGCUGCAGAGUGUGAGCCACCGCCAGUGGAUCGCAACCUCAAACCAGACAGAAAAGGUCAAAGUCCUAAAAUUUUAAGACCUAAACCACAUGGUUUAGAGCGAACUGAUUCACAAACCGUAGGUGACUUUACUACAAGAAGAAAGGCAAAACCAGCUCCACUAGAAAUUAAACCUCUGCCUGAAUGGGAAGAAUUACAAGCUCCAGUUAGAUCUCCUAUCACCAGAAGCUUUGCACGAGACUCCUCCAGGUUUCCCAUGUCUCCCAGACCGGAUUCAGUUCAUAGCACAACUUCCAGCAGUGACUCGCACGACAGUGAAGAGAAUUAUGUAUCCAUGAAUCCAAAUCAGUCCACUGAGGAUCCAAACUUGUUUGGAAGCAACAGUCUUGAUGGAGGAAGCAGCCCUAUGGUAAAACCUAAAGGAGACAAACAAGUGGAAUACUUAGAUCUGGACCUAGAUUCUGGAAAAUCUACCCCACCUCGUAAGAAGAAGAGCAGUGGUUCAGGCAGCAGCGUGGCAGACGAAAGAGUCGAUUAUGUUGUGGUUGACCAGCAGAAAACGCUAGCGCUGAAGAGCACACGAGAGGCGUGGACUGAUGGGAGGCAGUCAACAGAAUCCGAAACACCUACGAAAAGCGUGAAAUGAAAACGCUGCUUUUUCUUCAGAGAACAGAAAGGAGUGAAUUUUGACGAGUUGCAGGACCACAACGGCAGUGUUGUUCAGCUGCCCAGUACCUGGUUCACUGGCGUGUGAAUAGGUUCUUGACUGAAGAGGAUGGAAGCCAAAGGACGAUUGAGAUAUAUCAAAGGAAUUUUUAAGAUCGUAAAUUGGCUCUGUGGUCUCUGGAAGAAUUGUAACCUGUAAAUAACAUGUAAAAUAGCAUUGCUCAGCUUUCAGAAAACCUUUUCUGUAGUUAACACGUUUGUAGUAUUACUAUGUUUAUGCACUUUUUCAGUUACAAUGUUGGUUCAGGUAUUCCCAGUUAGUGUACCUUAACGCCUAGUUCAUCUGGAGAAAUUUUUUCCUUACACUACUAUUCCUUAAAAUUUUAGGUUAAUUAAACUACAUGUAGAUAUGGAAAUUAAUAUUUGAACUUCAUUUUUAACAACUUAAAAUUGAUUUUGCAGAAAUACUUUCACAAUUGAAUAAUCUACUUGAAAUGCCAAGAGACGACCGUUAGUUACAUACUUGUUUAUAUUUAAUACAUGCAAGAUUAUUUGUAAGUCUACAGGUUACCUUCCUAACAAAAAUUGCUGUGAGUUAAUAAUAAUGAACUAUACUGGGUUUCGACCUACAAUCCUGGCUUACGUUAGUUGUUAGUGGUGGAACUUCUAUUGUAUUUUAUUAAUGACAGUGUUCUGUGUUCAAUAGGUGAAGAUUCUGCAGGGUGGGAUCUUACACUUUUAAAGACUGAAUAAUUAAAUACCAAGUAAGCCUGCAAACCACUGAUGGCAUGCAGUAAUAUUGUGAUCUCACACUCAUUAACAAGAAAUAACCUUUAUAUUAUUUACAGAAGGUAGAGUAUAUAAAUCAGGUACGUACCAAGCACUAUUGUGCUAAUACACUGAUCAGGUUUAGACAAUGAGCUUUAGUUUUGUACUAUUUAGAAGUUCUAAUGUCAGUUUUCAGUUCAAGAUUAAUGGGACAGUUUGACAUUCACUGUUUGUAGUCCUAGCAAAAUACUGUGAUUUUGAAUUAGACAUUAAUUCAAAUGGAAAUACUAUGUUUUGACACCAUAGUGCCCUUCUUAUGAUCUCUGUUUUACUUUAAUCUCCUGCUUGGCCUUAUAUUUAAAUCCCUAUGCAACUGGUAUUUUAUAUCUCUGUUUUUAAAAAAUUAGAUAAUAUACUUAAAUGAUCCCCUUGUAAACCACUUGUUGCUCUUUCCUGGUACAGGAUUUUAAGCUCUGUAUACUGUGAUCCUUUAUUUUACUAUGCCAGUUCCAAAUAAUAAUCUGCCUUGGUUUAGAAACAUUUUUUGUUAUUUGGAAGAAGAUAGAGUUCUUUAAAUAUGUGAAUGAGUUAGGUCUAGAUAGAAAACUUACUAACACUGUUUUAACAUCCUCAAAUAAGCGGUUGGUUUUAUUUUCCUACCCAAUUGUUUUAUUUUAUCCAGAUGAUGUAAAAGUUGAGCAUAGAGCUGUGUUGUUUUCCGGCAUGUUGGCCUUAGUUCUGUGCCAUUGGUUGUUUCUCUCCCCUCACAGCCACAAUCUACAGUAUGUAAAUUAUCUUAUUCUUAACAAAGGUUCUUUUUAAAUUAGUAAUAUUUUGAUGCUUCGAAUGUUCCUUUUAAAAAAAGAAACUAAACACAAUGCAUUUUGAGGUGAAUUUUAAAUAAAUCAAGUUGUUCAGUUUUGAUGUGUAAA